AUGGAGCCACUUUCUGAACAAGAACGUAUAGAAGUUGGCCGCAGAGAUAUAUUGCAAACACCCUUGCAGCCACUGAAGGAUAAUUUAGAAGCCACUUCCUAUGAGAUGAUUGAAAGAGACUCUAUUAAAUACAUCCAAGUAUAUGCUACCUUGUGCUAG